AUGUUGUUUUGUUUCCUCCUCCGCUAUGUAAUGUCACCCAUGCCACAAAUUGCCCCUGGCCAUCCGCGAUGCAAGCAAGCAAACCACCUAAACGCUACUGAACGCCACAAAAUUCCCUCUCAUGAAGCAUUCAUUCUCAGAUCCCCUCAGAUCUACGACAAUAACACCGAAACCACCGCCAUCCCCGCAACCCACCACACCCCCCCCCCAACCCUCACCCCCGCACUAUCCGCCAUCCCACAACACGUAGCAUUAUACGUGACAUUAUUCCACUUCGCUGCAACCUCAAAAACACUCCCAUUCCCCACAUUAUAA